GAUAAUAAAAGAACAAUGGCCAACAAUGGCUACGGACGCAAAAACAGAAAAAAACGUCGCAUGUGGGUACACGAGCGGCAGAGCGAUUGGUGAAUGAAAUGUGUUAUGAGCAUGUCAAUUACAGUCCACUUUACGCUGUGGUUCAUUCGGUGAGAACACGCAAAUGAAACAACAAGAGCAUUCGCUGUUGUAGAGCAGUCACAUUUUUCGCCGCGAUCGCGCGGCACACGCGACGUUAGGACCGGGCACAGUCAUGUUUUCCAACAGCACACAAAGCAAGCGCUGGAUCUUCCUAGAUGAACAGCAGAUCUCCAGGCGAAGGCAAGAGGCGAACGAGAGGUUCAUCGAGAGGCACCUGGACGAGUGCCGAUCACGGGAAAGCAGGUACGACUAUUUUCUCUCCCCGGAAGAAGAGCGCAUCAUCUACAAGCACUACGAGUUUGCUCUGAGGGACUUCUGCAAAAAGUUCCAGCCCCCUGUUCCCCGCAGCGUUACUGGCACGUCGUUCCAUUACUUCAAACGCUUCUACCUCAACAACUCCGUCAUGGACUACCAUCCGAAGCACAUGCUGGUGACGUGCGUCUACCUGGCGUGUAAGGUGGAGGAGUUUAACGUGUCCAUCGCCCAGUUCGUGAACAAUGUCCGGGGGGACCGGGAGAAGGCGACUGACAUCAUCCUCAACAACGAGCUUCUGCUCAUGCAGCAGCUCGAGUACCACUUGACCAUCCACAACCCGUACCGACCCCUCGAAGGGCUGCUCAUUGACAUCAAGACGAGGUGUCCUCAGUUUCCAGACCCCGAGAAGCUGAGAUCUCUUAUGGAUGACUUUCUGGAGAGGACACUGUUCACCGAUGCCGUGCUGCUCAUGGCCCCUUCUCAGAUAGCCCUGACAGCAGUUCUUUAUGCGGCAAACAAGGCUCAAGCAAACUCUGACGUAUACGUCUCGGACAUCCUUUUUGCAGGCUGUUCGCACGACAAGUUGCACCACAUCAAGGACGCAGUCAAGAAGCUGCACCUGAUGGUGAAGGCCAUUCAGGUUCCCCCAAAGGACAGGGUGCGGGCAGCAGAGCAGAAACUUGAAAAAUGCAGGAACCAGGAGAAUAACCCUGACAGCCAAAUAUACAAGCGGAAAAUGCAAGAGAUGAUGGAGGAUGAACACGUGGAUGGAAUUUCUAAAUAUCCUAGACUAUCAGAGGAGCAAAGGAGACUGGACGAUGAGACCCUUGCCAUAUCGUGCGCUCCAGACGGCUCUCCUUAGCAUGACCGUAACUGUUAUUUUCUCAUCUUUAGGACACAUAAAUAAAGAAUGAGAUCAUUGCAUGA